GUAAGAGAUGGUAUAAAGCUACCACAGCCUGGUGCCAUCUGCGGCAGGAAUAAAGUUGCAUCGGAUAUUGAGAUGGACAGAGGUCGGGGUGCUGGUGUCUCCGAAACUGAGAAGGAAAGAGGUCGGAGUGCUAGUGUCUCUGAAACUGAGAUGGAAAGAGGUCGGGGUGCUGGUGUCUCCAAUACUGAGAAGGAAAGAGAUCGGGGUGCUGGUGUCUCUGAAACUGAGAAGGAAAGAGGUCGGGGUGCUGGUGUUUCCGAACCUGAGAAGGAAAGAGGUCGGAGUGCUGGUGUCUGGGAAACUGAAAAGGAAAGAAGUCGGGGUGCUGGUGUCUCCGAAACUGAGCAGGAAAGUGGUCAGGAUGCUGGUGUCUGGGAAACUGUGGACAGAGGUCAGGAUGCUUCUGUCUCGGCAACUGUGGACAGAGGUCAGGAUGCUGCUGUCUCGGAAAAUGAGAUGGAAAGUGGUCGAGGUGCUGGUGUCUCCAAAACUGAGAAGGAAAGAGAUCGGUUUGCUGGUGUCUCUGAAACUGAGAAGGAAAGAGGUCGGCGUGCUGGUGUCUCCGAAACUGAGAAGGAAAGAGGUCGGGGUGCUGGUUUCUCGGAAACUGAGAAGGAAAGAGGUCGGGGUGCUGGUGUCUCUGAAACUGAGAAGGAAAGAGGUCGGGGUGCUGGUGUCUCCAAUACUGAGAAGGAAAGAGGUCGGGGUGCUGGUUUCUCUGAAACUGAGAAGGAAAGAGGUCGGGGGUGCAUGUGUCUCUGAAACUG